ACUCGGACUUCACAACAGUGGAGCGGCGCAGUGGAGGAUCCCCACCCGUGAGCAUGGCGGUGUGCUAGUGUAUAAAUGAAGACCGGAGAGAGCAGAAGGAGACGGAAAACACUAGCAUGCGCCCCGAUCGCUUCACGCAAUCAGAUUUUAACGCACCGAUGCCAGAGGCAGUCCGUUGGGUUUCUCCAUGCAGUCUUCGUUUACUUCUAUAGGAUGGUGAGCUGAGCAGAUAAAAAGCACAAGUUAUUGACGGUUGCAUCUAUCCAGUCGUUCCCCGGUGUGAGUUAUAUGCGCGCGCGGGCCGCCGGUGCUCCAUGAUCAUGAAGCGCUGCAGCUACGGGAAGCGAGAAGUGUUUAUGUCCGUGGACAGACCCGUUUAAACGCCCUAAACAUGAAUGCCAUUGUCAUGUCGAGUGCCGUGUGAGUUUAUUUUGAUUCUGUGAGCCGUUCAGACCUGAGAGAUGCGUGAGUAUAAAGUGGUGGUCCUCGGGAGCGGCGGGGUUGGGAAAUCCGCCCUCACCGUGCAGUUCGUCACCGGGACGUUUAUUGAGAAGUACGACCCGACCAUCGAGGAUUUCUACCGUAAGGAGAUCGAGGUGGACUCGUCGCCGUCGGUGCUGGAGAUCCUGGACACGGCGGGCACGGAGCAGUUCGCGUCCAUGCGGGACCUGUACAUCAAAAACGGGCAGGGCUUCAUCCUGGUCUACAGUCUGGUGAACCAGCAGAGCUUCCAGGACAUCAAGCCCAUGAGAGACCAGAUCAUCCGAGUCAAGAGGUACGAGAAGGUCCCGGUGAUCCUGGUGGGGAAUAAGGUGGAUCUGGAGGGCGAGCGGGAGGUGUCUGUGAGGGAGGGACAGGCGCUGGCCGAGGAGUGGGGAUGUCCCUUCAUCGAGACGUCUGCCAAGAGCAAGACCAUGGUGGACGAACUCUUUGCCGAGAUCGUGCGGCAGAUGGACUACGCGGCACAGCCGGAUAAAGAUGAUCCGUGCUGCUCCUCCUGCAAUAUACAAUAACCCCCAACACACACGGAGAACUCCCAUUACACUAGCUCUGAGAGACCUUCUAGUGUCUUCAGUCAUCAUGCUGUGUCUGCAGACUGACAGUAACUCUGAGGAUUACUUUUUCCUGUCACUUUAAAUCCUGACUGACUCAACCACAGGAAGAGCACUUGCCUUCGGUUUCACACUUCCUGUUUGAGCAGGAUCCUUCAUUGGGAAUGAGUUGGACUUUUAUGUUUUAUGGUAUUGUUGACUUUAUCUGAAUUUGUCACCAGGUCAGAGAGAGACAAAAUAAGAGGGUUCUUAGCCAUAUGCUUGAUAUAGCCAUAUAAUCAUUUAUUGAAGACUUUAUAAAUGUCCAUUUACUUGGGAAUAAAUCCCUCAAAAUCUUCAUUUUUUUAUUGAUUUCUCUUCUAAAACACAUAUAGGUAGAAUAACAGUCAGGUGACUUCAGCUUUGUUCCUAACUAGACAGAAUAAAAGCCCAAACUAAUUAAGCCUCGUUCAGACUGUCAGCCCAAAUCUGAUUUUGUGUAUAUCCGGAUGAAUAACUGACUCUCCACACAGUGUAUUGCAACUGUUCAUAUAUGAUUUGUGUUUCCGUCAUAUUAUAGAUCAGUGGUGUCCAUAAGCGCUCUUUCGCUUUAUGGAAUAUGUGGUUUCUGUGGCAAUGCCGUUGUGCUGUUAUGCCAAUGCUAAAAACAAUAAAAGCAAUACAGUUUGCUAUAGCCUAUAUUUGCCAUCACGCUGGAUUAUUAUUAUUAUUAUGGAUUUAAUUUUAUGAGGCAGCAGCAGAAAACACAGGAAAAAGAGGUGCGUAUCCUAGCAGUAUAUGAUCUUUCAUCUUGACUUGCAGUUCGCAACAACACAAGCUUGUUUCUGUAAACAGAAACGUUUGACUUUUUUAUGUUUUUACGAUGCGUGAAAAGGUAAAAAAGCUAGGCUAAAUCCGAUCUGACCGGUCAGACUGAAGCGGAUUUCCAGGAAUGUGAUUUGAAUCGGAUUCCAAACCACAUAUAAAUGUAGCUCGAAACAGAUUUGCACAAAUCGGAUUUCAUGUAGUUCAUUUCCGUUCAGACUAUUUAAAUAUGAUCUGAUUUCAAUCGGAUUUACACAAAAUUCAGAUUUGGGCUGACAGUCCCAGAAUGCAUUGCGGUGAGCUCUAUGAACAAUUCGUCCAAGGUGGUGGAUGAGAUUAUUUUGAAUUCUUGGAUUUUAUUUCACCUCUUAAUAUUUUGCUGAAAAUGGUCAAAUCUAUUUUUUCUUUUUUAAAUAUGUGUGUGUUCUAUGCAUUUGUAGCGCAGUUGCUUCACAUAAGCAGCAGUGUUUGUGUGAUGCACAGUAGGGCUGAACGAUUCAUCAGAAUAAAAUCAAAAUCACUUUAUGGUUUUGUGCAGUUGUGGAAUUACGAAGGUUGCAGUUUAAUUACAUAAAUAUACAUGGCGCAUCUUUCCGAAUUCCACCAUGUCAGCUUCAGGAACUCUCAACUGUGUUUUUCCAAGUGUCAAGAGACUUUUUAUUGCACUUUUUUGCAAGCAGGAAUGUUAACUUUCCAAGUGAAUGGAAUGCAGCAUGAGCUCCUGUCUCUGAUUGGACGGCUCACGCGGGACAGGGACGUAUCGUCCUCCACAUCUGGACACAGAGAACGUCUGUUCAUUUAGGAUCUUGUAUGGCUCUGUAGGACUCUUCUCUAUUUCUGUCUCUCUCUGGUUGAUCACCCUCUUUCUCACGUAUCUCUUCAAUAUCUCAGCCCCUUUCUGCACUCGUUCUCUAUUCUGUCAUGCUCGUGUGGGUCAUUGAUGCUGACGAUGAUGGCUAUUGGUUGACUGAUUAUGCAUUAGUACAGAGUUUGCCAGUUUUUGUUGGUAUCCUCCUCUUGGCUGAUUAUGGAGGUGUGUGAGUGUGUGUGUUUGAAUAGAGAGCUCUGAGUCUGUAUUGAUUUUAUAUUUUGUAUGUGGACCUGUGCUCAACUCUUCUGAAUGACUGAAUGGUGACACUUUUUUUUUGGCACCUAAAUAAAGUGCAUCUGACACUGCA